AUGGGGGAAAAUGGUUAUAUAGAGAAAGCUUUGUGCAACAACCGCUCAAUGGGGGCUGCGUUGGGUAAAGGUCAGAAAGAGGCGAGAGAGGAAGGAAGAAAGAGCUCCGAAGAGUCGUGGGAUACUAUUGUUGUCGCAAUCAGCAGUUCCCGAGGAUUUGAUAAAUUGAAGUUUGAUGAAAUUCGAGAUGUAGUUCUUAGCGAAAGUAUUCGCAAACAAGAAAUUGGAAAUUCAUCUGAUAGUGCUUUCAAUGUUGACCAACGGGGAAGAAACUGUACAAGACCAAAGAGGAAGCAUAAUCACAAAUUUGGAGAUGAUGAUGAUUCUAUAAAUUCAGCAGAAGACGUUGGAGAUGCUCUAAUCCUCAGUGUGGACAGUUUGAUUGAAUCCUGGAUUUUAGAUUCUGGUACAUCUGUUCAUUCGUCUCCAAAUAAAGAGUUGUUCUGGAAUUUCAAGUCUGGAAAUUUCGAUAAGGUGUAUCUUGCCGACAACAAAGACUUGGAGAUUAAAGGAAAAGGAGAUGAAGAACCUGAUCUCUAUUAG